CAUUCACAGCGGACUGUUGUCAGUCACCAUAUAUAGCACUAGUAUUAGCUUUCUGUCCGCACAGAGUCCUAUUCUCCAUUUUUAUUGUUGCCAUACCCGUAUAUCAUAUUCUAUCCCUUUCAGCUUUUAUUUUGUUUGUCUAAGCUCAUGCUGGAUAUAAAGAAUACUUUGUGGCAAAACACCAAGAGCACAAUAAAUGUGAUCCUGUACGUGAAUGUCCUCAGGUGAAGAGUUAUGAAAGAGGAUAGUUCUGAAAAGCAGGAUUCAUACAAACUCCUGGAUUGGAGGAACGAUGCUCUCUGACUGACAUCAUCAUUAGUAACCACCCAUCAUGAACAGCGAAGAGGAGUUCUAUGAUGCAGAAACAGGUUUGGAAUCAGAUGACUCCUGUGAGGUUAGCUUUAAGGACGCCCCUGUGUAUGAGGCCAAGCAGACCUCAAAUGGCCGUGUGCCAUCAGAGAAUGGGGUGUGGGGGCGAAGAAAAACGCUCCCUUUCCCCAUGUUCUCUAGAAAUGACUUUAGCAUUUGGGGCUUCUUGAGGAAAUGCAUCGGCAUGGAGUUGUCCAAGAUAACGAUGCCUAUAGUUUUUAAUGAGCCACUGAGUUUCCUUCAGAGAAUCACAGAAUACAUGGAACACACAUACCUCAUCCACCAAGCUUGCACACUGUCUGAUUCAAUAGAACGUAUGCAGCUUGUUGCCGCGUUUGCUGUGUCAGCUGUUGCGUCACAGUGGGACAGAACUGGAAAACCUUUUAACCCCUUACUAGGAGAGACCUAUGAGCUGAUAAGGGAAGAUGAGGGUUACCGGCUGAUAUCAGAGCAGGUCAGCCACCACCCACCGAUUAGUGCAUUCUAUGCUGAAUCACUCUGCCAGGACUUUAAGUUCCAUGGCUCCAUCUAUCCCAAACUGAAGUUCUGGGGCAAGAGUGUAGAGGCUGAACCCAAAGGCACCAUGACACUGGAGUUGUCCAAGCACAGAGAGGCAUACACUUGGACUAACCCUAUGUGUUGUGUGCACAACGUCAUCUUGGGCAAACUGUGGAUUGAGCAGUAUGGAACAGUAGAGAUAGUCAACCACAGCACUCAGGAAAAGUGUGUGCUGAAUUUUAAGCCAUGUGGCAUGUUUGGCAAAGAACUGCAUCGAGUAGAAGGACAUAUCCAGGACAAGAGUAAGAAGAAGCGGUGUGUUAUUUAUGGGAAGUGGACUGAGUGCUUGUACACUAUAGAGCCAAAGGUCUAUGAUGCAAACAAGAGGGCUGAGAAGAAAAGUGGAGAUUCCAAGAAACACAAACAGGAGCAGAACGCUGGCCGUGGUACGGAUGAUGCGGACGAAAUGCCAGAUGUCGAGGACACAGUCACUAUGAUCCCAGGCAGUACUUUACUGUGGAGGAUAGCCCCACGACCCACACACUCAGCACAGAUGUAUAAUUUCACCAGCUUUGCCAUGACGCUCAAUGAGCUGGAGCCAGGCAUGGAAGGAGUCAUAGCACCUACAGACUGUCGGCUGCGCCCAGACAUCAGAGCCAUGGAAAACGGGGACAUAGACACCGCAUGUCAAGAGAAGGAAAGGCUAGAGGAGAAGCAAAGGGCGGCACGUAGGGAACGUGCCAAAGACGAGGAGGAGUGGUCCACCAGGUGGUUCCAGCAAGGUCCGAAUUCUUAUACGAGAACUGCAGACUGGAUUUACACAGGUGGAUACUUUGACAGAAAGUACUCUCACCUCCCUGACAUCUACUAAUUGGCUGGGGAGAGGGGCAAGGAUUUUGAUAUACCUCUUGUCUCUAUCACCAUCUUGCCACAAGAAACCUUUA